CUCAAACAAAAUAAAAAAUAAGCAAUAAAAAAAUGUCACAGAGAGCGCGAGCGAUCGACUGAGCCAGCUCCCGGCUCACACUAAACCCUCGUAAAACCCUAGGUUAGAAGACUCCUCCAGGAAGGCCCAAAGCCCUCCGCCGCGCGAUCGCCUCACCUCCCAGGUUUAUCUGAAGGAGAGGAGGAGGAGGGGGAGAGAGAGAGGUAGAGAUGAACUUUAAGAACGUCAAGGUGCCGAGUCCCGGCUCCGGGGCGGGGACGCUGGUGAAGGUGGUGCUCCUCGGCGGUGCCGCCGUCUACGGUGCUCUCAAUAGUCUCUACAACGUCGAUGGUGGCCACCGGGCCAUCGUCUUCAACCGCAUCCAGGGCAUCAAGGAAAAGGUUUAUCCUGAGGGAACACAUUUGAUGAUCCCUUGGUUUGAAAGACCUAUCAUAUAUGAUGUUCGUGCUCGCCCCCAUCUUGUGGAGAGUACUUCUGGGAGUCGUGAUCUUCAAAUGGUGAAAAUCGGGCUUCGGGUUCUUACAAGACCCCUACCAGACCAGCUACCAACAAUCUAUCGAACCUUGGGGGAGAACUAUAAUGAGAGGGUUCUGCCUUCAAUUAUUCAUGAAACUUUGAAGGCUGUGGUAGCACAGUACAAUGCUAGCCAGCUGAUCACACAAAGAGAGGCUGUAAGUAGGGAGAUACGGAAGAUACUGACAGAGAGGGCUAGAAACUUUAAUAUUGCAUUGGAUGAUGUGUCCAUUACGAGCUUGAGCUUUGGGAAAGAAUUUACUAGUGCGAUUGAAGCCAAACAGGUGGCUGCACAAGAAGCUGAGCGUGCUAAGUUCAUUGUUGAAAAAGCAGAGCAAGACAAGAGAAGUGCUAUUAUCAGAGCCCAGGGUGAGGCUAAGAGUGCCCAGCUUAUAGGUCAAGCUAUUGCAAGUAACCCUGCAUUUCUUGCCUUAAGGCAGAUUGAAGCUGCAAGGGAAAUAGCUCAGACAAUCGCAAAUUCAUCCAACCGAGUGUUCUUAAAUUCCAAUGAUCUCUUGCUGAACCUUCAAGAAAUGAAUGUGGACAGCCCAACCAAACUGAAGAAGUGAAAUAGUCUGAUUCUCGCCUAUGGUAGGAGAAGGAAACUUCAAAUUGAAACGGUGAUGAUAAUUGGGGGAGUUUCAUCAGUUCUUUAUUUUUUGAUUGAAAACUUGAGCUUCUGUCAUACAAGUGGAAUUUUAACUUUUGCUAGAGGAAAAUUUGCAUCAGUCCUCAUCAAACAAAUUGUCUCGAAAUGUUUCCUCAUUAUUUCGUGUGUUUGUCCUUUGCCAACUGUUAUCUUAUAUCGUUUUCUUUCUUCUCCAAA